AUUUUUUUAACAUUCUUGCUGUCUUCAAAUCUCCUUCGACAAGAAUGUAACUGGUGGUGACUAUUUUUAUCCCCUGUGACAUCCUGAUUAAGUACCAUAAGCUGCCCUUUCUCACAUAGUUCUCUGAGUCCUGCACCCUCAGAAACGCAUUGAAAGAGCCAGUGUGUCAGUGAGCACAACACUGAUUUGCAUCCAUCCUGCACGGACACUGAGUGCCAUUCUUCUGUCAGGCACAAGGGUGGGUGUCUGUGGAGUCAUACUGUUGCCAUUACACUUACUAACAAAAGACUAUGCAACCUACCAGACAUCUGCCUGUUUAACUUAGCAUUGUGAGGAUCAUCAAAGUCCUGGUAUCAAUGUUUUUUCAAUCAGUCAAGUUCUGAUCUUUUGCAGACAUAGAAAAACAUUAAGACAUCCCCUUUUUUUAAGUGUCACAACAUGUGGUGACCACAGUUUCCUUAACGGAAGACGGCAGCAGGUGCAUGCAAAUCAGCAACAGUCACAGCAUGAGCGUCUACGCGCCCGUCAAACAGUAAGCACGACUAUUUGUCUUUUAUUUCUAUGUCUGGUUUUUGUCUUUCUCUUCAAGGGGUCAAAUUUGCUCAUCCUCCCACUGCAGAAUCCAGUUUCCCCACAACAAUACCUCUUCUUUUCUUCUUCUUCUUCUUCCUCUGGUAAAAACCUGUCAGCAAUCUCAAAUAUUUCCCUCCUCCAGUCUGCAUUACAAACCCACGGAUUCAUAACAAGUAUGUUUCCAAUUGAGCUCUGUUAGCCUGAACAUGUGUCACACGAGAGGUGUACUUUUAACAAUAUUUAUCCCAGCUGGUAUUUCUGGGUUUGUAUGAGCUCUUUGUUGUCUCUGGUCCCAAUUAAAGGUGCACUGUUAUUAUGUAUUUUGAUACCUGUUAUACCCAGAUAACUAGACUCGGGUUUGCCUUAGGUGGGGUGAUAAUAAAAGACCUUUCUUGCUCUAUUUCACACAUCUUUAUGAAUUGUGUUCCUUCUGCAUUGAGCUAUGACAUGUUGAUGUGAGGCUAAGUUUGAAUUGUCUUUAGGGUGUGAAUGUUAGCAUGUGAUAUGUGUCUGUGUGCACUCCCAGUCCUGUUGAGCUGCUAAGUGGGUGACACAUUGAACUGUAGGCAGGAAUGUUACCCUGUGAGGAGAGGAAAAGAGGGAGAAGACAACAAUGAGAGGGGGAGGAGAAAGAGAGAGAGAGCAACAGACACAGAGAGAGAGAGAGGACAAGAGAGUAAACCAGUGUGGCAGGUUUGCGUCACUGUACGUAGUCCAUCAUGCAAAGCUGAUGUACAGAGAGAGAGAGAGAGAGAGAGAGGAGUUAGGAGCUGAUGUCACUGCAGAGAGCUGCCUUCAGUAUGAACUUGUGUCAACACCACGGUCUCAGACAUGUACAGAGGUCUCUGCUAGAAAAGGUAAGGAGCAUCUUUUUGUGAAUGUGUGGACUCUGGACUAAAUUGUGGAAGAAAUAUGUGUUAUUUCGAGUGGAUUUGUGUUGCCCUUGUUGUUUUUAUCAGUGUUUGAAGUAAAGUGCAGCGUUGCCCCGGUUACCCAGAUGGGAGGCUUUGUGUUUGUUAGCAGAACAGGUGUUUCUGUAAACUGACACUGAGCCUCACCUGCAUCGGAAAGCACCACAGGGACUGUUUUGACAAAGUUACACACAGUGACUUACACUUCUAAAAAUCUUCACAUAAUUUAAACAGCUAGGUCUCCUUGUUGUAUUAUAUGAGUACAGUUGAACAGCAUUUGGCAGGUUAUGAGUUUAUUGUCAACAGAGAUGACUGGAUUCAAAUCUUGACCUAAUUGAUGAUCAAAGAUUAAUCUUUGUACUGGAUGUCUGUAACCAUAGAUGUUCCUGAUGAGUUCCUGUCAUCAUAUCAGUGAAGCUGUCAGCCCCUCAGGAUGAGAAUGUAAACCAAGCCGACUUUGAUCUGAUCGGAUCUGAUCAUUUUUCAUGAAUCCAGCUUUGUUUCACUGUAACCUUUUGAUUCUGUGAUCUGGGCCGCACAGAGGCGGAUUGUGACACUUUAAUACAUUGUUUUUCGCUGACUGGAUUGCUGUUUGGUGAGUUCUUCCAGUUUUUGGUUCAGGUUUAGCUGACGCUGACAGGUAGUCAUGAGUAUGUUGCUUGUGUAAACAGUAGUUAUGAUCCGUGUGUACAACAGAGAGCAUGAUCCCAGUCUGUCUAUGUUCUGUGAAUGGACUCAUUGAGUCAGUGUGGGGGGAAUGUCAGGAAGGCAGGGGUGUGUUUUGAGGUGACAUAACUGACAGGAGUGUGAAUAAUAUGGUGUUUAUAACUAUCAGGCUCUCAUCCUUUAUCUGUUUCCUGGUUUUUAUUCUUGUCAUUUUCUCAUCCGCUCCUGUCUGUUUAGUUACACUGUGAAAUAUGUCGUGAUCAUUGACCUCAGCCACUCUAUGAUUGUGUUUGACAUUUCCGACGAGCCAAGGGAAACCACAAUCCACGUAUCACAACAUUCCAGGCCUAUCCACUCCGAGGGUGAAAAUCUGUACAUUUUUUUUUCUUUUUGCUUGGCAGGCAAUGGGAGCUGUUCCCUAGAGUCAUGCCGGGAAGGCAAACACUCCAAGGGACCAAACAACAAGAAAUCAAGAGGAGGUUCCAAGAGAUCUACACCAACACAAGGCAGAGAAACAUCAGGAGCACCCCUGAAAUAUCAAACUUUGUUAUCAAGGAUUUGUUUCUGUGUUAGAAAAAAAACACAAAUAAGGACACUGUAAAGUGCCAGUUUUAAUUGUUUUUGCACACUGAAAAUUGCAGCAUUCAGAGAGGCGGCUGCCAGAGUGCAGUGUUAAAGAUAGUUGCUUGGAAUCUCUUAAAUAUCAAGUUCACUCUUCCGCUCCCUUUUUGGGCUUUGGCACUUCACAGGUGGUCAUUAACUCUGUUUACUCUUGGACAAUGGACUUGUCUUUGCUCCCUACUCCAGCGAGUGAGUACAACAGGCAGAGGGCAGGAGCGCUCUUCACUGUCCGCUCAGCCAGCUCCCCCUCCUACAGCCUCACGCGACGGCCUGGUGUUAGGAAACCCAGAGGUUUUCUAGAGGAGGACAGGGGCGGCUCUGAGGAAGCUGGAGAGUUUGAAAGAUAUGUUACGCAGACUGGUGCAUACAGUUCAGCUGAUCAGGGGGACCACAAAGCUGCUGGUUAUGAUGGCAGAAGUGGGAGUUUGAUAGGUCAGCGUGAGGAGAAGGACACAGUGGGAUAUAAAAUGUUGACCAGCCUUGACCAGAAUGGAACAGCAGACAAAACAGUCACAGCAUUUGGAUUGGACAGAAGUGCAAGCCUUGCAUCUGAAAGUCGUGGCAGGACAGAGAUAAGGAGAUACAACCUGCCUAGUAGAAGCAAGAGCUUGGAUUGGAGGGCAGGGCAAAGAAGUCCUGACAGAGGCAAAAGGACAGACAUGUUUGUUUCCUCAACUGGACGAACAUGGGACAUGAAUAAACUGGAUGAGAGGACAGGAGUUCAAGGUCCCAGAGGAAGGGUAAUGUCUUCAAUGCAAGCCCAUUACAGCCCUGUGGGUACAAGUAAUACUGUUCAAGAGACAAGCCCAGUCAGUCACAUGGGUCAGGCUUGGGACCGGACCAGCAGAGGACACUCUCUCCCCUCCAGAUUAAGGUCCCAGUCAGGACCAUGCUCUAAUGUGAGAGUGACAUCUGCUUCUUUUGGGUCCAAAGGUGGUCAGAGUAUUCUGGAGCGGAUAGAGAAACUCUACGGGUCAGCCGGCUUUGGUAAAAUGGAAGGUUCUGCCACUUUGGCCUCCCAUUAUAAAGACACAACCAAAGACUCGUCCAUUCCACAACAGCCAAGAGCAUAUGAGUGGACAUCAGGGGGGACCUUCCCCAGGCGUUUCUCAUCAGGACAGACAAGCAGCCUCCUCCCAGUGCAAAGCAGGAGUUCAUUCACCUGGACACAAAGAGAUAGUCCAGGUUCUGACUCUUUAUUUCCCACCAACAGGACCAGAGAGAGGGCGCCAUUGGAACAGCGCUAUGGACAGACCCCUGACUUAAACUUAAGUGGGGAGUUAGGGGACAUUGGCACAAUGUCUCUGGAUAGAGCAAGAAGCAGGAACACCGUAGCAGCUCGAAUAAGAGCUGCGAGGGCCGCAGAGGAAACAACACCACCUCCUCAGUCACACACAUCCUUACACGAGAGGAGUUCAGUUUCUUUGAGGGAUUGGUCUGGACUCAGAGAGAGAAGAUUAAGUGGAAGUGCUGACUGGAGCUGGGCGAACCACAGAGAGGAAAAUCAGGACGUUAAUGUCACGCAUGGGUCACCAAGAGAAAGAACUGGUUGGCUAAGUAAGCAAGAGCCUGGUGAUGGAGUGAAAGAAAAAGCUGAAUUGAAAGGUGCCGGCACUGAUGAAGAUGUGUUUGAGUCAAACCUGACAAAAACCUCAAUGAAAUCAACAGAGAAGAAGAAAUUUCCAGAGGUCAACUCCGCGGCUGGUGUUAGAAAUAAGAUUAACCAGUUUGAGGCUCUGUCACAGAGAGUUCGAGGUUUGGCUACAGGACAGGUCCUCAUGCCAAGAAGAGCUUUCUCUGUGCCAACACAACUCAGCAAAGCUCACGGCGGAGAGAAAAAGAACGGGCCAACCAUAGGAUUGAAAGAUAAAUGGGGGGGACUGAAAGAUGUAGGGGAGAAAUCUGAGGAGAUAAGAGCGGGAAAGAAGCUUGGGUCAGAAAGGUCUUUAUCUGUGAAUGAAGCUGGACUCAGAUUAAAGGAAGAAGAGAGAGAAGAGGAAGACUUGAUUGAGAAUGAAGAAAAGGAAACAGACAAGGGUGUUAAAGAUUGUGGAAAGUACUCCAGGGUCAAAAGCACCCUUGAGAUCCAAAUAAAUGGAGAUCAACAAGGGCGAUGCAACUUCUACAUAGAUGAGUCUGAUUUCUCCAAGCUCUCAAGUCCUGACGAGGCAAUUGAAAAACCAACUUCUGUAUUCCUGUCUGACUCCAGUGACACUCCUGAUGGUAUCCAGAGAACCACACCCACCGUGGUUGCCUCACCUGACAGCGAUGAUGACAAAACACCAACAAACACUCCACACCACUUACCUUUACUCAUUCCGUCAUCUCAACCACAAAACUCCACCCCCAUCCCAGAAAAAGAAAACGACAGCACCCCCGUCCUCACACAGGCAGCCAAAACAUCUGAAGCAGAUAUCCUACCUCUCCCUCACCCUGUUGCCACUCCACCCAACAGUGACCCCUCUGAUCUUGCCUCCCCUGCUGUCAAUGAAGUCUUUCCUAAGGGAAAGAAUCAAGUGUUAGACCUGGACGCCUGGGUUGCCGGCUUAAACCCAAUGAUCAGCGUCUGGAAUGAUGAAGAUUAUGAGGAUGAUGAUGAUGAAAGCACACAAAAAGAUGAAGACUCUAACUAUGACUCAGACUCUGGGGAGUCCUCGGUGACCAUUACGAGCAACAUGAGCCAGUCAGAUCGUAAGAGCUUCUGUGUCAGGUGGGGACUGUUUUCAACUUUACGUUCUGUAGAUCUCAUGGAUCUGGUAUCUGGUCACAUCUAACCCUCUGAACUCUCCUCUGUAGUCUUUCAGAUCUCUGUAACUUUGCCGGGGUGGACUAUGAGUCAGAGAAUGACAGUGAUGAUUGGCAGUCUUUAGGCCGGCGAUCCGCCUCCUUGAGCUCAGACAUGUCUGCCUUGUCUUAUGUGUCCGUUAUGCCCACUGAGGAGCUCGAUAAGCUGCUGGAGGAUGUCAGGAGCCUGGGUGACAGCACUUUGCAGGUACAAUACAUUUUUUGCUAGGGCUUUCAUGUUUAACAGCAAUCUUAUUCUUCCCUUAUGCAGUUGUACUUUAUUAAAUGCAAAGAAUUUCAGAAAAUCAUGAACAUUUUAUUCCCCUCAAUCAGAAACUGAACAGAACAUAGUUAUCACAGCACAUACUUAAAUCAGACUAUAUUGAAGGUAAAAGCAACACAUUUGAGAACUUGUUUUAACUCACAAGACCUCAGCUAAGAACAAUAUUUGCUAGCAAAGAUUUUAUGCCAUGUAGUGUGACAUGAUAUGACAGAUAUUGCAUAUAUAUUCCUUGUUGCCAUUAGUCAGACAUUGUGGCAUUUUAUAUUCUAUUUUAUAUAUCUGGCCUUCAUAGUUGUGUGUUAAAUUGUUAGAAACUCCAUUAGAGUCACAUCGCCUGUUUGUUCUUCACAGGACUAUAACGACGUCCAGGUGGCUGUUCUACAUAAGGAAGUGGGAGUGGGACUGGGUUUCAGUUUGGCUGGAGGCAUUGACCAAAACAAGCCAGUCACUGUGAGGAAAAACCUGUUCUAACUUAAACAGUAUCCAAAGACAGUGUCCUCAGUCUCCUCAUGUGCUCUGGUUGUCUUCCUUUAGGUUCACAAGGUGUUCCACUCAGGGGUAGCAGCCCAGGAGGGCUCCAUAAAGGAAGGGGACCAGGUGUUGUCGAUCAACGGCACAGCACUGGGCGGUUACGCCCACUGGGAAGCCCUGAGGGUCCUCAGGAGAGCAAAGACUCGAGAUUUGGGGGUGGUGGUUUUGAGGAGAGGAGGGAUAAGCAGUGUUAGUAGCAAAGGAUCACAGACAAAAAAUCAAGUGCCAAAAGAGACUCAGGCCAGUGAGGCAGGUUAGUGUUCAGAUACCACAAUCAAAUCUGCUGAAAAUAUAAAAUCAUGUAUGUGUCAUGUAUAAAGUCAUGUGUUUUGGCUGUUGGUGCUCUCUUAGGCCAGCUUAUGUGUGUGCGUCUGGAGAAAAACAGCAGGGACCUGGGGUUCAGCCUUGAGGGAGGUGUAGGCUCCAGCCAGGAAGACAAACCCCUGACUGUACAGAAGAUCUUCCAGGGUGAGAGAUUUGAUCAAUGUUUAAACUCAAAGAGAUGAACCUAAAAGUCACAAGUAGGCCAGAAAUAUGAAUUAUGAGGCCUGAAUUGUAUAUUGAUAAUAAAAUAUAUAUGUUUUUUAAAUAUUCAUGUCUAUAACUUUUCCUCAAAGGUUUGAGUGAGUGAGGUCACAUUUUCUCUGAAGGCUAUGCAAAGCUCAGGUUUUUAGUGUAACAUGGCUGCUGUAAAAAGACAAGAAAACAGACCCCAUUUUUUUUUUACAUGCAGAUAAAUAAAUAUACUUUGCCAGAGUAAAUAUAUUCAAACUUGACGUAUCUGUACCAUAACAGACUUAUUCAUCAGUGAAGCACUCUGUCCUUGUAGGAGGUCCUGUUGAAAAGGUGUGUCCCGGGGAUGAGGUUGUGGAGAUCGAGGGUGUCAGCAUGGUGGGGAUGAGACGUCUGGAGGCAUGGACGUUUAUCAGAAGACUACCCUCUGGGCCUGUGGAUGUGGUGCUGCGUCGCCCUCAACACCUGGACACAUGAGAAAUAUCAAAUUCUCUGAUUCCACAUGCCAUCUAUGACAGAAGCACUGUGUAACUAAUUACAUAAUAAGCUAUAAAUUCAGCUAUUUGGGGCUAAUUCUGCUAUUAGUUUAAAGCCUUUUAUUUUUAAAUACAAAUUUCUAAUAGGAAUAGAAUUUUGGAGACCAGGGCAAAAGUUUGUAUUUUUCCUCACUAUAUCGACAAGAUCUACCUCAGGCCUGGGAAAUUUCUGUACCAGCCAUAAUUCAAGUGCACUGAUGAUAUAUGCAACUUUAAACCAACUUUUGUUACUUGUAGUUUGGUCGGCUUGUCAUGUUACACCAGUAUAUGCAAAAACCAUAUUGUGAUAUUCUGUAAAUAUAUGUUAACCUCAUUUGGAGUUUACAUUUGCUUUUUUAAUAAAUCUUAAUUUAAAGUGG